AUAAAAGCGACCCGUCGAUCGUACUCCUCUAGAACUUAAGGUGAUAUAAAUUAGACGGAGCGAACUAACUCACCUGACAAAAUGUUUAAAACACUCAAAUCGAAGAACGAGCUUGUCUACUUGACCAGGAAAUUGAUCCCACCUUUAUUGCCUAAUUUCCACAAAGGCCAAUGUGGUCGCGUAGUUGUCAUUGGUGGAUGCGAGGACUACACAGGUGCUCCAUUUUUUGCUGCUCACGCUGCUGCUCUUCUUGGAUGCGAUUUGUCCCAUGUCAUUUGCGAGUACUCAGCCGCGCCGGUGAUAAAAUCAUAUUCCCCUGAUCUUAUGGUUCACCCCUACAUGCGAGAUAGCUCCAAAAUGGAGGAGGAUUUCCGUCUUCAAUCCAAGACUCCGACGCCAGAGUUGAUUGACAGUUACAUAAGAUCCGACAUUCUACCCAAAAUCACCUCAUUGCUUGAUCGAAUACAUGUCGUGGUGAUUGGCCCAGGAUUUGGGCGUGAUAAGGUAAUGUUGGAAACUUUGAAGAUAGUGAUUGAUGAGAUCAAAAAGAGAAAUUUGCCUGUGAUCUUGGAUGCUGAUAGUAUAUAUCUCAUUUCUCAGGAGCCAGAUAUCAUCCGUGGGUAUUCCAGAGCUAUAAUAACACCAAAUCCAGUGGAGUUCAAACGCAUUGCUGACGCACUAGGCAUCAAGGAAUCAGAUCCUCACCUUGAGGCCAAGGCUGUUUCGAAGGCAUUGCAGGUGACAAUUUUGCGUAAAGGUGCUGUUGAUUUGAUUGUGGACGGAGAGCAAUUGAUCAUUGCCGAAGAGGAGGGCGGCCUUAGACGGGUUGGAGGACAAGGAGACUCGCUUACGGGCAUGAUUGCUACAUUCCUGGCCUGGGGCACCUACUCGUAUCGUAAUAGGCUUUGGGAAGAAUCCAAAGAAGAACCAGUAUUAGGCGAUCAAGAGGUGAAAAUGCUCGCAUGCUACGGUGGAAGUAUUCUUACAAAAUACGCAUCUAAACUAGCAUUUGAGCAACACUACAGAGCAAUGCAAACAUCAGACCUUCAUAAAUUCAUUGGACAAGCAUUUUUGGAGAAGUUUGGAAAGAAGGAAGAUGAAGAUUCAAGUUAUACGUUAUAAUUUAAUUGAAAAUCCUACCAUGCGUGUUCGGUUUUUCUGAAUUUUAGACCUAGGAACCUUGCAAGGUCGUCGUAGAGGCCAUCGAGCACCUCUCUAGAGUAGUCGUCCGAGGAUGGUUUAAACUCUGAGGGGUCCACGUUUGGAGACUUGAUCUUUCCUUCCAUGAAAGCACGCAACUUGGCCUCUUCUUCCAAAGUUGGUGGCAAGAGCUCAUAAAAAUGACAAAGGGAGAGUAGCGAAUCAUCAGACAAAUCGUGGAACUCUUUCAAUGUUUUUGGAUAAAUUGUUUCAGGAGGCUCAUCACCAUCGGAGUUCAGAACAGGAGCAAUAAGAUCAGUGUCUUUCGAAAGUCCCGAGUUGAUGGUUCUUCUCAGCGAUCUUUGUUCCAGGAUGUUCAAUUGACCCUGCAGCUCGCCCACAAGCUGAACAAGGUCAUCAUUGGUAGCAAAAUCUGAUGUGUCAAUCUGUCCCUGUUUUGAUAUUGUGCCAUCGGGCCCAACUCUUGGAACAUCAAUGGAGUUGAGCUCUCUGUCGGUUUGUCUUACUUGAAAUCUCAAGAGCUGCUCCCCAGUGCGGCUGAUCACCUUGCUUUGCCUUGCAACAAGCUCUUUCAAUUCAUCGAUCUCCUUUUUCAAUUCCUCUAAGGAAGACAUUUUGAAGGGAGCAAUA